GAAAGAGAAAGUGCAGCAGAGAGAAAAGAAAAUUCUUAUACUUGGAAUAGAGAUAGCAAAAUCAAAGCAACCAACAAAUUAGAUCCUCCUGCUUCAUUAUUGAACAAAAGAAACAAAAAUAAGGAGAAUAUAAAACCCAAUUACAGAAACUACAGUAAGAGGGCUUUGAAGAGUCAGCCAACUCAAGAGGAUUUGGUUCAAUCCAUACUACUGCAAAUUAUAGGCAGACUGGACAAGCUAGAAGGUCAAGACAGCUCAUUUUAUAGAAUAUUCGCAAGAGACGAUCUUGCGAAUCGCUCCUAA